AUGAGCGAAUUUGUGUUGAACCAAGGUUAUGGUUAUGGUAUCGUGCUUGGCUUAGGUGCCCUGUUUAGCGUCCUCAUGAUAGCAUUAUCAUGGGCAAUUGCGAAGUUCUUGAACCAAAAACAGGACUCGGAGCGUUUCACGACUGCUUCUCGUAAUGUGAAGCAGGGUCUUAUAUCCUCGGCUGUUGUAUCUUCCUGGACAUGGCCAGCAACACUACUGACCUCCAACUUGUGGACGUACUCCUACGGGAUUGUGGGCGCGUAUUGGUACAGUGUUACGGGUUGCUUUCAAAUACUCGUGUUUACCCUAGUAGCAAUCGAAAUUAAGCUCAAAUGUCCUGGAAUUCACACUAUUGCUGAGGUCGCUAAAGUGAGAUUUGGUAAGUGGGGCCACUUUUGCUACUUGUUUUACUCCCUCGGCACAAACGUGAUUGUGUCAGGCAUGAUUCUCCUGGGUGGAUCGCAGGGGAUCGCUUACACAACUGGUAUGAAUAUAAUAGCAGCAUGUUUUCUGCUGCCAGUCAGUGUAUGCAUUUACACGCUCUUUGGGGGAUUGCAAGCUACGUUUUUAUCUGAUUGGUCACACACAAUCGUCAUCUAUAUAAUGGUGAUUGUUUCGAUUGUGACAGUCUAUUGCACUUCAGACCUUAUCGGAUCUCCAGACAAAAUGUAUGACCUGCUGAAAGACAUGGGGGAGUCGUUUCCACUUGAGUCCUCAGCCAACGGCUCUUACUUGACAUUUGCCAACAAAGAUAUAAUUCUGACUGCUUGGAACGCUUUAUUAGGAGGGGCUGCAACAGUUUUUAUGGACCCAUCAUAUUCACAAAAGGCUAUUGCCGCGGGUAGUAAGGAGGUUAUGAGAGGCUAUAUGCUAGGUGGGAUUUGCUGGCAAAUCAUACCACUGGGACUUGGAACCUCGAUGGGAUUAGCGUCCCUUGCUUUAACCAAGAAUCCUGCUUUCUUCACAUAUCCAAACAAAUUAACUGACCUAGAGGCAGGAAGGGGCUUGUCAUUGGUUUAUGCUAUGACCGCAAUUUUUGGAAAGUCAGGCGCAGCUUGUGCUGUUGUUAUGGUUUUUAUGUCAGCGACGUCAGCGAUGUCAGCAGAGCUCAUAUCUUGCUCUUCAAUCUUGACAUAUGACUUCUAUAAGACUUACGUUAAUCCCAAGGCUUCUGGUAAACAACUUGUCUAUGUCUCGCACCUGAACGUCAUCGGCUUUUCGCUAUGCAUGGGAGCAUUGGCAGUUGUAUUUAACUACAUCGGCGUAACCCUUGGGUGGUUGUUCAGCUUUGUGGGAAUUGCUCUUGGGCCAGCAUUUUUUGGGUUAUUGGGUAUGCUAUUUUACAAGAAGAUGAAUACAAUGGCUCUGGUCGUUGGUGUUCCCUCAGCAACACUUUGUGGUAUUGUGGGCUGGGUAGCCUCCGCCACGCGCUACUCAAGCGACGGAAGAGUCGAUAAAGCUUCUCUUUCUCUCAGUGAACCUUUGGCUUUCGGCAACUUUAUUUCGGUUUUUUCAAGUGGCAUCUUCGUAUGGAUCCUUUCGCAAGUCAAGUCCCAGAGCUGGAAUUUUAAUGAAAUGAACGAAACUUACUUUGAAACACAAAUAGCGGAUGAUGCAGACUCUGACGAGAUCGAGUUUUCCCAAGUAUCUAAAGAGUCAGUCAAGGAUCUUAGGAAGCACAUUUUUAUCACCAAAAUAUUGGUUUUCUGUCAGUUUAUCAUUUUCCUGAUCAUUAUCCCAUUAUCAAUGUAUGGAACCAAAUAUAUCUUUUCAAGAAAAUUGUUUCGCGGUUACGUCUGCAUAAUUAUCAUAUGGGCCUUCCUGGCUGCAAUGUGGAUCAUUUUCUAUCCCCUAUAUGAAUCAAAGUCUAAUUUGAUAUUCGUUUUCAAGAAACUAAUAGGAAAAGCUUCGACAGAUAGCAGUGCAGAUCUAUCUCAAACAGACACUAGCUCCAUUGAAAGAGAAAAACUUGAUAAGACUUCCAUCAAUGUGGCCGCUAUAUAA